GCACACACUCGCAGCUUUCAAAAAUCUAACCAAACCCCGAGUUACGAAAAAACAGAAAAUCCCCCUCUACCACAUUGAAUCCAAUGAAGAUAAUUAAAAGGGGUGGUGCAGAUUUAAAAACAAAUUAACAAUAAUAUAGCCCACAAAUUCAUUAAUAGUAAAUCUACUCAUGGUGAUGAUAGCAUUUGUCAUGUUUAAACAAGUACAUGGUCUGUGACUCAGUUUUCCUCGGGCGGUGCGUUGACUGGAGUUUCACUGUCAUAUGCUGCAUGACAUUCCCUCGGGCUCAAGACUCUCUUUUUCCUUUUGCAUGCAACAACAAUCUCUUUAACACCACCAAUGCCUGAAACCAUGCUACCAUUUUUAGUAUGCUUAACCAUUGCUGAUAUAGCAAAUGAAGCUCAAUUUCAUUUUUGUUUUGAGCAGCUGAUUUGUUGAUUGAUUCAUAGGGAUGGAUUACGAGAGAAUCGAUAAGAUUCAGACAGGAGUCAUAUCACCUCGUCUGUCACCUAAUAAAUUAAGGCGCAAGCUUAUUGGUGUACAACGAGGAAGGAAAGCUUCAGAACUUGAUUCUGCCUUGUCUUCUUCCAAAGAAGGACCAGAUACAGUUGGGCUUGUUGAAUGUGGGAGAGACAGUUUGUUGUCAUCAGGUUCUGGAAAUGUCGAUGAUGAAGGUUUUAGUGGUAUGCAAGAUUUCCUCAACAGCAAAGAGAAUGGCCAUGCUGUGCAUGAUGUUGGACACCCUCUUCAAACAAAUUUUCCAACAAAAUUAUCUGCCACAACAUCUGCAUGUGAAGAGGUUCCUGAUUUAGGUACUGCAGCUCAAAACUUGGCAUCUAUGAAGGAUUUUCAGUUCAAAGAAAAUCAUCAUUUUCAACUAAAAGUUCAGAAUUUCACAAAACCUACCAAUACACAGGUGGAAUAUUCGGGAAAUUUGAAUGUUGUGCAUGCAAUGAGAUCUUUUGAAGAUGACAAUUUUGAAUAUGACAGUGGGCAUGAAAAUGGCAGUGUAUCUAGCUUUGAAUUCCACAAAGGGGAUCGAUCUAUUCAUCGGCGGGUUUUAGGACCACAUUCUAAACCUGCUCCAUCAAAGUGGGAUGAUGCAGAAAAGUGGCUGGUAAACCACUCUUCAGGAGACAGUCACAUGAAACCUAAAUCAAAAUCUGGCUCUGGUCAAAUGCAAGGUGUAGCUGCAGGACUUGGAAGAAAAGUUAAUUUUCCGGGUCAGGGAGGUCGUCCAAUGGGUGGCACUAAUAUUCACAUGGCAAAAGGUGCAUCAAAUGCCUUGGGAGGUACUGAACCUACAACUACAGAUGGAAGAAGUUUGAAUCAGGAGGAGGGAGAGACUAAAAAGGUCUAUCCUGAUAAGCCUGUCUCAAGGAUGGAUGAUGGUGGAGCAUCUAAGUUUGCCUUUGUGCCACCAGCAGCAUCACAUCUUAUCACAAGAACUAAUGAUUUGGAUCGUUAUUCUCUAGAGGAUGUUUCAUGUUGUGUCCCUGGUGAACCAAAGGGAGAUGGUGAGGCACUGCUGAAGCCCUCACUUCGCAUUGAAAAGCCCAUUGCAGAUCCAGCUAUUGAAUUUAGCAAGAAUGGUCAUUCCUUCGCACAGCAUAUUCCUCCAUCAUAUGUUCCACCUCCUUCUACUGUUCGAUCAGUUGCCAUGAGGGAUAUGGGAACAGAGAUGACUCCCAUUGCCAGCCAAGAGCCUUCAAGAACAGGGACUCCUGUUAGAGCAACAUCACCUACCAUGCGGAGUCCUAUUUCUUCCCGACCAUCAACCCCUGGAAGAGCUGCACCAGCAUCCUCACCUAUGGAUGGGACUGACAAUGAAUUAGAUUGUCAAGGAAAAGUAAAUAUACAUGAAUUAUCUGAAAAAGAAUUGCAUGAAAAGACCAGACAAGAAAUAAUUGCUCUUGGUGAGAAGCUUGGCAAAGCUAAUAUUGCAGCAUGGGCAAGUAAACGGGAAGAGGAAGAGGAUGAUGCAAGAUCACAGAAGAACAGAAAUUCAGAACCAAGUACAUUGACUGUUCUGGAAGCCCGUGCAGUAGCUUGGGAGGAGGCAGAGAAGGCAAAGUAUAUGGCCAGAUAUAGGCGUGAAGAGGUUAAAAUAGAAGCAUGGGAAAAUCAUCAAAAGACAAAGGCAGAAGCUGAAAUGAGGAGAAUAGAGGUGAAGGCAGAGCGGAUGAGGAGUCAUGCACACGAAAAGCUAAUGAAUAAGCUAGCAGGUGCUCGACAUCAAGCAGAAGAGAAAAGGGCAGCUGCAGAGGCCAAACGAAGUCACCAAGCUGCCAAGACAGCACAGCAGGCGGAGUACAUUCGCCAAACUGGACGUAUCCCAUCGCCAUUUUUCCAUUGGUCUUGCUGUUCUUAAAAAACUUCAUUGUUUCUUCCAGGACUUGAUCAUUUGGGACGAACAUCCUCAAAUUACUUAUGGCUUUAUGAAUUGAAUGUCUGCCUUUAGCUGGCGAGUGCGACUUAAGCUUGUUUACGUCGUUUCCAUUUUAUUCUUCCCAGCGGUAUUCGUUUUGCAAGCUUUAUUAUAAAAGGCAAGCCCUUUGUAUAAUGUUUACUUGAGUGGGCACCUUAGAGAGAAGUUGGAGCUCUGAAUGGGGUCAUAAACAGUUGUAAAGUAGGUGUUCUCUGAUGAUUGAAAUCUGCAUAAAUGUAACUGUAGAUUCUUUAAUUAUUUUCAUUAUCUUAAUAUAUAUCGCAUUCUGUUCUUACUUUUUA